ACAUCACCCUACAGCUGCAGCCAUGAGUGUCAGUAGAAAUACCAUUCGCAAGAGCUUCACCAGCCAGUCCAUGAUUGCUCCUGGGUCCAGCAGGAUCAGCAUCGGUUCUACCCGCCGUCCUGGGUUCGGUGGAGGUAGUGGCUUCAGCUACGUCAGCAGCAGCAGCGCCGGUGGCUACGGUGGGGGUCUCGGCUCUAGCUACGGGGGUGGUUACAGCUCUGGUAUGGGUGGUGGUAUGGGUGGGGGAUUCCAAAAUGCCCACAUCACAGCUGUCACGACCAACCAGAGUCUGCUGGCCCCCCUGAACCUGGAGAUCGACCCCAACAUCCAGGUGGUCCGCACCCACGAGAAGGAGCAGAUCAAGACCCUCAACAACCGCUUCGCCUCCUUCAUCGAUAAGGUGCGCUUCCUGGAGCAGCAGAACAAGAUGCUGGAGACCAAGUGGAGCCUCCUGCAGGAUCAGACCACCACCCGCUCCAACAUCGACGCCAUGUUCGAGGCCUACAUCUCCAACCUGCGCAGACAGCUUGACGGCCUGGGCAACGAGAAGAUGAAGCUGGAGGGAGAGCUGAAGAACAUGCAGGGUCUGGUUGAGGACUUCAAGAACAAGUAUGAAGAUGAAAUUAACAAGCGCGCCUCAGUAGAGAACGAAUUUGUCCUGCUGAAGAAGGAUGUUGAUAGUGCAUACAUGAACAAGGUGGAGCUGGAGGCCAAAGUUGAUGCUCUUCAGGAUGAGAUCAACUUCCUCAGGGCCGUCUAUGAAGCGGAACUGCGUGAGCUGCAGGGCCAGAUCAAAGACACCUCUGUCGUGGUGGAGAUGGACAACAGCCGUAACCUGGACAUGGACUCCAUCGUGGCUGAAGUUCGUGCCCAGUAUGAAGACAUCGCCAACCGCAGCAGAGCUGAGGCCGAGACCUGGUACAAGCAGAAGUAUGAGGAGAUGCAGAGCUCUGCUGGGCAGUAUAGUGAAGACCUCCGCUCAACCAAGACUGAGAUUGCAGAGCUGAACCGCAUGAUCUCUCGUCUCCAGAAUGAGAUAGAGGCCGUCAAGGGACAGCGUUCCAAUCUAGAAGCUCAGAUCGCAGAGGCAGAGGAGCGUGGUGAACUGGCGGUGAAGGAUGCCAAGCACCGUAUCAAGGACCUAGAGGAUGCCCUCCAGAGAGCCAAGCAGGACAUGGCCCGCCAAGUCCGUGAGUACCAGGAGCUGAUGAACGUCAAACUGGCCCUGGACAUUGAGAUCGCCACCUACAGGAAGCUUCUGGAAGGAGAGGAGAGCAGAAUUUCCUCUGGUGGUUCAGGAACAACAAUCCAUGUGCAGCAGAGCUCUGGGGGCAACUUCUCUACCUCAAGCUCCGGCGGAUUCGGCUAUGGCGGCGGGCGAAGCAGCAGCAGCGGCGGCAGCAGCUACGGAUUGGGCGGCGGUGCCACCAUCACCAAAUCCAUCGUGUCCUCUAGCAGCAGGAGCAACCGUUAUUAGAGACCUUCAACCAGUCUCCACAUAAAAACCUGACCUAUAACUAUCCUCGGUGCUAUGCAGUUGCCUUAGACACACAGCUAUACAUCCCUGUUGAAUUAAAGUGGCAAGGGGGGACAACUUGUGAACCUGGUCAUUUACCGUCAGUUUGAUUUCUUUUUCAAUCCCUCCCUCCAAAGAACCAAGAAUAUAGUUCACUUCUACUGCCUCUGUAGAGAGUCACUGGAACAUAAUGAUAGUGUCACCGUUUUUCCCAGGCUCAAUAGUGUUUUUCCCCUCAUUUACCCUACCCCUAAUUCCUAACUGAAAUGUAACCCAGAAUGUAUACGUGGUAGGUCAUCACAAAGGCUUAACAUCUCUAUCUUUCUGCACUGACUUCUACACUUAAGAAAUAGAAAAAAGAAAAGGAAAAGAAAAGGAAGAAAAAUAAAAGAAAUAGUGUAAAAAGCUUAAACCAACCAUGAACGAAGCUUGCUAGGGAUCCUCUGUACCUUGGUUGCAUCUGAGUGCAUCAGUGGUUGUUGUGCAACACCUGUCACAGGCUGAUAUGGCAGCUGAAUGGGGUAUACCCAUGUCCCUCUCCGGUGUGAAGCUCAAGUUGUACCACAUUCCUUUAAGGUGAUUUAUGCUAUGGAAGUGACUAAUAAUGUGUUGUCAUAACUUAAAUUGCCUUGUUACAAACAGACAACAUGACGGUUUCAUGGAGUGCGGAGGUAAAGGCAACUGUAAGCAAUCGUCACACACCUAACUGUAAAGGAAAAUCACGUCUGUCAGGGGUUUACGUUCUAGAGGUUUCCAGGUGUUUUUCUUCAGUGCUUGGUUUUGCUUUUUAUCGCCAUUGGAAGGAAACGUUGUGAACAGAUGCAAAUGUGACCGGAUUUAUUUGUAAAAAACAAAAAAAAAGAAUUGACAUAAUUUGUGACAAUUGACUUUUUAUCACAAAAAAGAACAAAUUAAAUACACUUGAAUACAUUAUAA